AUGGACAUCAAGGCUGACAUCAAGGUGGACCCGAAGAUGGCGGAGAACAAGAAGACGGCAGGGUGGGAGUGGAAGGCCCCAGCGUCCAUGGUGCUAGUGCAGCUGUUCAUCACGGGGAUGAUCCUGCUAUCCAAGGUGUCCAUCGGCGACGGCAUGUUCAUCUUCGCCCUCCUCGCCUACCGCAGCCUCUUCGGCGCCGCCUUCAUCCUCCCCUUGGCUCUCAUCUUUGAGAAGGGCAAGUGGAGGGAGAUGGGUUGGCACGCCACGGGAUGGAUCUUCCUCAACGCCUUCAUCGGGUACGCGGUACCAAUGAGCCUAUACUACUAUGGUCUCCGUGAUACAACACCAGCUUAUGCCGUCAUCUUUCUGAACAUAAUUCCGCUGGUCACAUUCAUUCUCUCGCUCGUCUUCAGAAUGGAGACAUUGCAAAUCUUGAGCGCAGCUGGAUCAUUGAAGAUCGUAGGUGUUGUGCUCUCAGUUGGAGGUACAAUGCUCAUCAGCCUUUACAAGGGCAAGACACUGCAUCUUUGGAAACCUGUUCUGCACCACAUGGGGCAAAACAAGACGGAGUUUGCAGGCAAUCAUCUAAGAGGGACAAUAUUCUUGUCAAAGGUUAUGAAGGUGUAUCCAUACAAAUACUGGUCGUCUAUGGUGACAUGCUUGGUUGGAGGAUUUCAAACAGCACUCGUUGGAAUAAUAUUGAGCAGGGACAAGAGCGCAUGGAAGCUAGGAUGGGAUCUGAACCUUCUGACGAUCUUCUACUCUGGGGCACUUGCAACGGCGGGGAAAUAUAGCCUGAACUCAUGGGUCGUUGCAAAGCGAGGCCCAGCAUAUCCUCCAAUGUUCAGCCCAUUAUCAGUGGUAUUCACUGUGUUGUUGGACUCCAUUUUUAUAGGCGACGAGAUUACCACAGGAAGCUUGUUCGGCACAACAGUGGUGAUUGCUGGGCUCUACAUUUUCCUAUCAGCAAAAUCAAAAGAACCUACGACUAUAGUCGCGUGGCCGAUGGACAUCAAGGUGGAGUCGAGGGCGGCGGAAACGAAGAAGGCGGCAGGGUGGGAGUGGAAGGCGCCGGCGUCGAUGGUGCUGGUGCAGCUGUUCAUCACGGGGAUGAUCCUGCUGUCCAAGGUGUCCAUCGGCGGCGGCAUGUUCAUCUUCGCCCUCCUCGCCUACCGUAGCCUCUUCGGCGCUGCCUUCAUCCUCCCCUUGGCGCUCAUCUUCGAAAGGGGCAAAUGGAGGGAGAUGAGUUGGCAGGCCACGGGAUGGAUUUUCCUCAACGCCUUUAUCGGGUAUGCGGUGCCAAUGAGCCUAUACUACUAUGGUCUCAGUGAUACGACGCCAACUUAUGCCGUCAUCUUUCUGAACAUAAUUCCGCUGGUCACAUUCAUUCUCUCGCUCGUCUUCAGAAUGGAGACAUUGCAAAUCUGGAGCAUAGCUGGAUCAAUGAAGAUCGUAGCCGUUGUGCUCUCGGUUGGAGGCACAAUGCUCAUCAGCCUUUACAAGGGCAAGACACUGCACCUCUGGGAUCCUGUUCUGAAGCACCAUCACGAGGGACAACACACCAUCGGGGUUGCACGCAAUCAUCUAAGAGGGACAAUAUUCUUGUCAAAGGUUAUGAAGGUGUAUCCAUACAAAUACUGGUCGUCUAUGGUGACAUGCUUGGUUGGAGGAUUUCAAACCGCACUCGUUGGAAUAAUAUUGAGCAGGGACAAGAGCGCAUGGAAGCUAGGAUGGGAUCUGAACCUUCUGACGAUCUUCUACUCGGGGGCACUUGCAACGGCGGGGAAAUAUAGCUUGAACUCAUGGGUCGUAGCCAAGCGAGGCCCGGCAUAUCCUCCAAUGUUCAGCCCAUUGUCUGUGGUAUUCACAGUUUUGUUAGAUUCCAUCUUCAUAGGCGACGAGAUUACAGCAGGAAGCCUCUUCGGCACAACAGUGGUGAUUGUUGGGCUCUACAUUUUCCUGUCGGCAAAAUCGAAAGAAGUUAGGGACAAGUAGAUCUCACCAGCAGCAAGCAAAGUUUUUGUAGCCAGAGAAGCUAUAUAAUUUGUAGUUAUU